GGCACCCCAACUGUGUAAUUUUUAAGAUGUCUUCCUACUCUGAGAGUUUGGAGUAAAUCUCGGGGGUAAGUUUAAAAAUCCAUUUCCUAAGGUGCUGUGAUAUUCAAACUGAGAAGUUUGUGUGGCAGGAAGAAGGUUCCAAGAAGUCUCUUCCUCUUAGUGUUGACUGUAUUCACACUGAGGAGGAUGAACAGGUGCAUGUUUCCUGAGAGUGGUAAGAUGAUUAGAAUGCUCAGUCAUUUCCUGGGCUGUCAUUGUUACAGUUAUUGAGGUUUUCAUGUCAGCAGUGUAUCAAGGCCUGUGUGAGUCUCUGUUUACUUUACUUGUGGCUGUGAAGAAGGGAGAACUUGAAGACCUACAGGAAGAUUGACCUUUACUGUGAACAGACAUGGAAGGACUUGACUGAAAUGUAAAUGGUCCCACAGAAGAUGCUCUGAUGGAUGACAGCGGAACUCCUACAGAUAAUCUGCAGAUAGAGUCACAAGAUGGGUGUCAUCCUGGUGACGGCAGGGGAAGCAUAGUGACACGCUUGCCUUCUGCAUCGGAUGAAAAUGAAAAUCAACUGGAUGGGGACGGGCAGGAGCAUCUGAGCAGUGCUGCCAGCGCCAUGGGCAGACCUGACGUGCUCGCCCAGGACAGUCUCAACAAUAAUGACAACUUCCCUGCCAGCAAUGAGGUGGCUGCGUUCGAGAGCUCGGAGAACGCUCCUGGGGAAAGCCCCAGGGAUGGGCAGGCCCUCGUGGGAAAGGACAAUAAAGCACCCGGAAAAAGAAGCCCAAGAACCAAAAGAGGCCCAAUGAAGGAGAUACCGCAAGGACUUUCUUCAGGAGAUGCCACAGCUUUGAUGCAAGAAAAUACGCUCAGCGCGUCCACACCCGCUGUGAGCGAUGAAGAGUCUGCAGAAGUAAACGCUAACGAUCAACGGGAGGCCCCGAAGCAAGUUCUCCAGUAUCUGUUCUCACUUAUCCGCGGGGAGGUUGAGCAGUUGGAUUCCAGGGCACUCCCCCUCUGCCUGCACCAGAUAGCAGAGUCCUAUUUCCGGGAGGAGGACUAUGAGAAAGCAAUGAAAUUCAUUCAGCUUGAACGACUGUAUCACGAGAAAUUGCUCGCAAAUCUCUCUGCCAUUCAAGAAGAGUGGGAAACAAAAUGGAAAACUGUACAACCACAUACAGUUACAACUCUAAGGAAUUCAGAAAAAGGAUUUAAUGGUGAAGAUUUUGAACGACUUACUAAGUUUUGCACAACACACCAAGAUCCUCUUUUCUCCAAACCUAAGAUAACAACUGUAGAAAAGCCUCUGGGAAGGAAAUGCUUUACACAGUUAAUAGUUUCUGAGGACCCAAAGGACAGAGGAGCCACAGCCAAAGAACCGGAGAAUGAAAGUUGUCUUGGCCCGGAGCCAAGGGAAGAAAGCCAGCAUCCAGAGGGAACCCAGGAGAGCAACCCCUGCUGUCCCCCGAUGGACAGGCAGGCCGAGCCCCCGAGCCAGCUGGUAACUGCAGGGAUGGGCCACACGGAGGAGCCGGUCUGCAGCGCCAAGGCCACGCGGGCGCUCCACGCCCAGCCCUGGGACUCGGCGGGGAGCCGGUCUGGGGACGCCUGGGAGGAUGACAGCCGCCGGCAGCCGCCUCAGACUCAGGCCGGCCGAGGUGUGGCCUCAGUAGGAGCCCCCACCGCAGCCCCCACCGCGUCACUCACAGGCGAGUCCAUGCUCGAGCCCUUGAUCCCAGCCGGCUCUGCCCUCUUAGCCCCCGCGCCCGCCCCCGCCCCCGAGGGACAGUAUUCCCAGGCUCAGAGAAAGGGACUCCGCUUGCCGCUGAAGGAUGCUUCGCAGGCGUUGCCUCCAGGCCGACUUGAGAACAGUGAAUUCAAUGAGCUGCAGCAACUUGAUCUCACAGACAGGGAUGGAAAAUCACUGCGGGGGCCUCCGGACCCAGAGCACGCUGAGAGGGCGCUCGACGAGAGUAAUCAAGAAUCCGACUUAAGUGCAGGGGGUCUGGAGGUGUGUAUGGCCCCCGAGGAGAGGGGGGGUGAGGACGAGCGAGUCAAUAAAGAGACGGAAGACUAUUUGAACAGCCUGAUAGAAGGAUGCUUAAAAGAUGCUGAAGACUCCCUGUCAUGUGAAGACAACCAGGAGGAAGACUCAGACCUCCUUCCAGAUCUUUCUCCCGACGAAGCCUCCUACAGUCUGCAGGAGGAUCUGCCUUCGGACGAGAGCAGUCUUUCCCUUGACGAUCUCGCCAAAAGGAUAGAGAUUGCAGAGGUAGUCCCUGCGGAAGGACUGGUCUCUAUCUUAAAGAAGAGGAAUGAGGGUGUAGGAGACCAUCCUGCCCAGAUGCAGCAGAAACCAUCAAAACGAAGAGUGAGGUUCCAGGAGAUCGAUGAUGACUUGGAUCAAGAUGAAGUGGGAGGUGGUUCCUGUAUUUUACUGGUCCUGCUGUGCAUAGCAACGGUUUUCCUGAGUGUCGGAGGAACUGCAUUGUACUGCACUUUUGGUGACAUGGAGUCGCCCGUUUGUACAGACUUCGCGGACAACGUGGACUUCUAUUACACUAAGCUACUGCAGGGAAUGGCAGAACUGAAACACUGGAUCUACCUCUCCUAGCGGCGCUCAAGAGGCACAGGCAUGCAGGCAGUGAGAAUCAAAGAGAGAAACUUUCUAAACAGCGUUUAUUUUCAGAGUUCUGUAACAUGCAUCCCCUCCCCGCAGCAAGGAGCCCUGGACUUCCAGAAAUGGCAGCUCGAAAUGGUGAUCCAGAGGCGCUCUCAGAACAACCCUGAGGCACAGGGCGAUCCGAGCAUCGUGGAUGGAAGGAAUGGGCUUCGGAGAGCACGUCCGCCCGCUCCGUGCUGCUUCCUAGUGUAGCGAGCUAUGCCCAGCAGAACUUCAAGGGCGCUGGUAGAGCCCCACCGUUUUUAGCUGCCUCGUCAAGCUAAUGGUUAAAGGACACUUGGUUUACAUGUGUUGGUCCAAAGACAUCGCUUCCAGCCAUCACGCAAUAAGUUUGUGUAUAAUCAAAAGGAGUUACCUUACGGUUUCAUUGUCUUUUUUUAAUUAGCUUUGGGAGCUGUGUAAUUUAGGCUUUGUGCAUUAUUUCCAGAUUCUGUUCUUCAUCUGUGAGAUGAUCCGUGUGUGAGUGUGUGUGCGCACGCGCAUGCGUGCAUGUCUGUUUCAGACGGUUGUCAUAAGCAAAUACCUGAUGUAGAAUAACAAAGAUGAUCUUCGUUUGAACCUGACUACAGAUGUGUGGGCACAGAUGGAAGGCUUAACUGUGGAACAGAUGAGUUGUAGAAAUCUUAGCCCCAAAAUCAGACACUGUGAUAGAUCUGGGACAAUUAAUUUGAUUAACUAGCCAGAAAUUAAUCACAGGCCUAGAGGUAAAGAGGAAAAACUAAAGAGCUCCCUCUAAGUCUCAGGCACCCGGCUUCAUCAUGGGUUCAGUGCUUCCUGAGGAAUGAGGAGUGCCAGACCCACUUCUCAGUAGGUGAGCACCUGUUAUUAGGUUCUGAGAAUCUAAGAACCAGAAUACAAAGAUCCAGAAGAUUUUAGUUCCUGCUCUAGAUGUUUUAAUUCUGGUCUUAUGUAAAAUAAACUACUUUGGCACAUGAAAUUAAAUCAUGAUAUAUAAUUCAGUAUUAACAAAUCACACAUUCAGAUGUUCGAAUGUGCAUUCGUAUCAUGGGCUUGAUUUAGACCUCUUAUGGGAUCAUUAAGCGAAAAUUCAAUCAUAUCUUAAAUAGGUAAGUGUCUGAUUUUUGUUUCAAUCUGCCAGUUCAGUGGCAUUUCCUUUUCUAAGGUACAGUGGUCUAACAUUUAGAAAGCUUCACUUUGGCUUUUUAUAGCAUAGGCAGCCUUUUAACAGAAACAGAACACAUGAAUUCUAGUUUUUUAGCAAGUGACCAUUAUUUCAUGUUUUUUGUUAGGAUCACUUGAAAGAAAAAGGGAGAAAUUACUUUCUAGUUGUUACUGGCUGGUACAGUACCUCCCUGUGUGUUUCUCUUAUUUAUUUAGAUUAUAUGAAUUUUAAAGGGCUUUUUAUAUAAGUUGGAAGUCUGUUGUUGAGCAUGCGUUUGGUUAUCCCGAUGCUACGGAUUUAAUUGCUAUGUACUUAGUGUUUUGAUUUUCUACAAUUUCGGUUCAGUGUACUUUUAGGCUUGUUCAUUUUUAAGUCGGUGUUUUAUUUUCACUUAUAAUACCGUUUGACUUGUCUCUAUCAUGUACCAUAAACUGUAAUAUUUUCAAGGAUUAUAGAUCAAAGAUAUUUAUUUAGAAGUGUACAAGAGACUAAAAUUUAGAUUCCUUAUACUUAAGGCUGAUUUUAUUAGAAGAUUAUUUUAAUGUUCUAUUAUAAAUUUUAAGAAUUUGUAUUCAGAUGGUAUGUAAACUAUGUAAAAUGUUGAUGGUACUAUCUCAUGUGGUUCUAGAAAAGACAUUCACCCAAGUCUGCCCCAUCAGAGACAAACCUCUUCUGUUUAACCCUCGUGAUUUCUAGUUACAGGAAUUUGGUGGUGGGGAUUUCUGCCAGUUUUAUGUCAAGAUAAAUCAGAAUUUCCCUCCUGUUCACCUCUUUUAGGUCACUAUCAAAGUCCUAAAUAAUCUGUAGCAUCACAUUUGCCACCAGGGCCACCCGUUUCUGAAGCCGAAGACCUCACACUGAGGCACAGGACUGAGACAGACUACCUGGUUCUCAGGGGCCCAUUUGGGUGUCAGACGAACCAUAUGUGUCCUCACGCUUCCCAGGGAGUGUGAGGUGAGCUCAGGAAUAUCUUGGUAUCUUGACUUAAAAUGAGCAUGAAAUCUCAACUAGAAAAACUUAGGGCAACUUUAAAAAAAUGUAAUAGUCAUUUAUUGCAUGAAUUGGAGUAAUUCCAUCUGGUGAUUAAAAAAAAAAAGAAAUUGUUAUUUCACGCGUAAAAAAAUCAUCCGGUUUUACUACAAUGUAAUUUUUUCUCCCAUUUGAAAGUAGUGACAAUUAUUUGUAACUAAUCUUCCCCAAAAACUGUAUUUGAGGGUAACAGAUCAAGCUUGUAAUUUAAAAUGACACCAACACAGCGUCUCCAAGAGUUUCUUUGAGCCGUGGGGUACUGAGAAAAAUGGCUUUAAAGCAACAGUGAAAUGCCUUGAGAGGUUGGUCUGGCCCCACGAGCAGAUGGCCGUCUAUUUUGGGAAGUCUAAGAGGUCCCUACGUGAAAGCUCUUUUGGUUCUAAACCGUUCCCCUGUGUGCCUGACACAGGAACUGAAAUUUACUCUGAAAACUCAUUCCUUCGGAUUUAAAAAUCAAAAUCCACUGGGCUGUGAAUCUGUGUAUUAUGCCGAGAGGAUUUGAAAUUUGAAAGCAGGCCUUAUUUUGAAAGGACAGGUGUGAACUGGGGCGUGCUGGGGCGGCAGGGUGCGGAGGGGGCAGGAAUUGAAAGAGAGUCAGGGAAGGUCGGAAAAGACAGAGAAACCCUUUGGCUGUGAACCCGCUUGCUGAGAGGCUGGCUUUGUGGGCAUUUACCCCCCAAUUCAAAAAGAGACUGAUUUUUGUCUACCCACUGCAUGAUCUGCCGAACUCUUGUGGAUUUCUGUGGGUUUCAGUAAUACUCAUACACCCCUGGAUACUUCCCCGCGCAGUGUGUGUGGUGUUUGCACCUGUAUUUGUGUGAUGCUUACGUCCGGAAACACACAUCCCUCCCUGCAGGUUUGUAUCUCCCCAGUCCCGUCUCUGCUUUCCAUCCUGUCACGUUAUCUGCACCCUCGAAAAGAACAAGCACAAUCAAGGCUUGGGCACAAAUUCUGGUGCCAUCUGCCGUUUGAAUAACCUCAGAGAUCAACAUCUAUGGUGCCCCAUGCACUAGCCCUAUAAAAACUCGGGUAAGCUAAACAUUUCCUGGAGAGUUCUAGGACAGUUUAGCUCUUCCUGGGUUUAGGGUGCUGAGAGACAGGGAUCUCUCCUCCCUGGUUCUAAUGAGAGGGACUCCUGAACUCAACUUUCUGCCCGUUGCCCUGAGAUCGGUGCGACCGUGAGCAGUGGCGGUCGCCGCCUUGCACCUCCACAAACGUGUGUGUGCCUGCCGCGUGCCUAGGACUGAGCUGGGUGCUGGAGCUCCAGGAACAAGAAAUCUAGCAGCUUAAAGAAGUUAGUGUCGGGUGAGGCACAUGAGUUUGGGAAGGAGGAAUCAAAAUGAAGAAACUGAGGUUCUUGCUACCCGUGGAAGUAGAAACUCGAGUUCAUUCUCUCUGACCAGGUGUCAGCACUAUAAAGAAUAAAAGUAAAAUUCUAGGGCGCAUGGGUGGCUGAGUCUGUGAAGCAUCUGCUUUUGGCUCAGGUCAUGAUCCCAGGGUCCUGGGAUCGAGCCCCACAUUGGGCUCUCGGCUCAGCAGGGCGUCUGCUUCUCCCUCUCCCACUGCCCCUCACCCAACUCAUGCUCUGUCUGUCCUUGGCUCACUCUUUGUCUCUCAAAUAAAACCUUUAAAA